AUGGGCCACUCAAUGCGCGACCAUGGCUCUUUUGUCCGGCCUUCCACCCGGGAUAGGCCUUCGACACGCGGUGAAGGGGAAAAUUCGCUGGUCGUUCCCAGCCGCACGUCGUCGCUGCACUCUCGCAUCACUCAACCCAUUCCGUCUACUCUCAACAUCAAGCCCGCCCAGCGAACACCGAAAACACUCACCCAUGCCUAUAUGGUCUGCGGUGUCGGGCGCGAACCCUCACAAUGGGUCAAGGCCCCAGCCCCAGAACAGGGUAAGAUUGGCCAUAUGAAGGGAGCUGUCGGUCAAUUCUGGCUGCCCGAGAUUCUGGGAAGCAGCCCCCGACUAGAGCAGGACAAUGAGAUUGCCCGAGCCCUGCACUCGGCCAUGCGGGCAUGUUUCCCUCACGACGUGGAGAUCUGCACUGGUAAGAGCCAGCCUCACUGUGCACACCACGCGUUCGUGCUGCAGCAGGACUCUUCUCACACUUUGUACGGUAUCGCGCUGCGCGUCUGGUCCCGUGCGGACGAGAAGCGCGCGGAGACUAUUCGCGAGCUGCGCAAGAAGACGGAGCCGGACUUCUACGACAACCCCGAUGAGACUUACUGGAUUCCUUACUGCUUGAGUUUCCUCUCUCGCUACCCCCUGUACGACCUACUGGGUGAUUACCUCCGCGGUAUGUGGAUUCACUGGAACAAGGCCACAAACCUGUUCCACGCCGAGGAGGUCUCGCGUAUUCUCAGCUUCCCGGCCCCGCGUCUCAACGACUUGGUUCGCAUCGAUAUGAAGGACUACGCUCUUUGCUACCAAUUCCCCUCUUCGCCGACUGGAUUCCAGAACUUCUCCAUGUGGCCCCUGUUCACCUGUCUGUCGAUCCCCAACAUCGUAGGAGUCAUUGAGGCUGCUGUCUCCCCUACUCGCCGUAUAAUCUUCGUCUCUCACUACCCUGCGAUGCUGACCGUGGCUGCCGAAACCAUUCGCUACUGUGUUCGUGUCUACGAGUGGAGCGGCCUGUACGUGCCCGUUGUGCACGCUCGUCACGUCAAGGAGCUUGUCCAGGAGCCCGGUCCUUACAUUUUGGGUGUCACCGCCGAGUGCCGUACUCUGUUCAACGCUCCAUCUGACGCCCUCGUUGUCGAUCUCGACCGUAACUUCGUUCUGACCUCCAGCCCGCCCAAUGUGCUGAACCAGGGUCAGCGCACCAAGUUCAUCAACCGCAUGACUCAAUCCUUGAACGGUGAUGUCUCGCCUUCCGGCGUGCCUACUCACCUGCGCACUGCCUACGCUGGGGGUAAGCUCAUCCCCGCUGGUCAGAUUAUCGUCAUGCGCGGCGAGGUCGAGAGCAUCCAGGAGCCCCAAUGGUGGAACCAGGAUGCCGUCAUGAGUGUCAUGGACCAUGUGUGUGAGAAGCUGGGUCGCAACACCGGUAUGAAGGCCAUCUUCGGUGGCUCCGUAAAGAAGCCCUUGAUGACCAAGGUCUCGAUGCGUCACCUCAACGAGAUUGUCCGCGAGCGCAACCAAUAUUCCCGGGACGCCAUGGAGGCCUGGCAAGACUUUAUCAAUCUCAAGGGAAGAAUGGACACCGAGCUUAGCAAGGUUACCAAGCGCAACAACUUCCUUGUCGAGGAGCUCGAGACCUGGAAGCAGCAGUUCCUCAAGUUCCAGGCCUUUGCUGAGCAGCUCACCAAGGAGACCACGGAGCUCAAGGUCAAGAUCGAGAACCACAAGCGUGAGAACCGUCGCCUCACUGGUCUCAUUGACCAACAGAAAGACGAUGUGGCUCGUCUCACUCUUCGUCUGUCUGGUACUGAGAAGCAGCGUGACGACGCCCUCGAGGCCCUCGUUCUCCAGCAGGAGAUUGCCGAAGAGCUCGAGCGUGAGCGCAAGCGCAACCAGAAGGAGAUCUCCGCCCUCACUCACACUAACUCAACUCUCUCCCGUGAGCGCGAGGACGCCCAGCGCGUGGUUCUUCACCUGCGCAGCCUCAUCAACGGCCAGAGCCACCACAUGGAGCACAUCGUACGCUCCAUCAGCAGCACAUCAGAGAUUACUGAAAUGGUCGAGCAGGGUUACGAAGACGCUCCUGAGGAGCGCAAGGCAGAGACUCCCAAGCCCAAGGAGCCCGUCAAGACAGAGGAGGUCAAUGGUCAAAAAUCUCUGGUAAAUGACAUGAACCCUGCUCUAGAGCAGCAUUUGCUGAACCUCGGCAAGGACCACAAGACCCUUGCUCGUUUGAGCAUUACAGAUGUCGCAGACCGCUACCUACGCGACAAGACCGAUGCUAUCGCGGACAUCAUCCGCAGCAUCAGCGACCAGUGUGCCGCCGCCGUCGAGGGUCUCCACCUCGCCCAGGACGCCGAAGAUGACGAGGAGGGUAAGCUCCAGUCCUCCGACCGUCUUGGCUCCGACUACGACACCCAGGAGGGCCGCUCCACCCGUGCCGCCAGCGAAAUGAGCGACAUCGACAACAACUCCCUCCACCCGGAUAACCGUCACUCCAGUAUCCCCCCGACCCCGGAUCUGGUCCACAACCGCUCCAGCACCUCUAUGUCCAUGGUGAGCAGCUCGACUUUCCCCGAGCGCUCAAGUCAGCAGUACGGACCGGGCGACAUCCCUACUCGUAUCGUCGAGGAUGACGACGAACAUGCCCACGAGAUGGAGAAUGUCGAUGACCAGCAGACCGAGCCUGGCACUCUGUCCAAGCAGGCUAGCGAGGACCUCAUGCGACCAAACACCGCUCGGGUCAUCUCCUAG